AUGUUGUUCUCAAAGCUCGUCGCGCUUCUGAGCGCGACUCUUGUCUUAGCUUCGUCCAAACCACGCUCUGUACAAAAACUCAAUAUUAUCAGGGAUACUGAUGGCUUGCAGACGAAUGUUACAUGGGAUGAAUACUCUCUGAUGAUCAAUGGAGAGCGCAUGUUCAUGUUCAGUGGGGAAGUGCAUCCAUACCGCAUGCCAUCUCAGAGUCUUUAUCUCGACAUCCUCCAAAAGGUCAAGUCCAUGGGCUUUAACACUGUCUCAUUUUAUGUAUUCUGGGGAAUCGUUGAGCCCAAGCGUGGUGUAAUCUCGUUCGAGGGUUUCCGCGACUUGCAGCCAUUCUUCGACGCGGCAAUGGAAGCAGGCAUAUACCUCAUGGCGCGACCAGGCCCGUACAUCAAUGCCGAGACUACAGCCGGCGGUUUCCCUGGAUGGGGUACCUAUACUCCUAGCUUGUGGAGGACGUCGAACACUACAUAUUAUGAGGCCUGGCAAAACUAUGUAUCAACAACUGCGCAUAUCCUGGCUGAAAAUCAAAUCACUAAUGGAGGUCCUAUCAUAUUGGUCCAGUCCGAAAAUGAAUAUACUGGGUGGGCACCUGGCUACUCGGAAGAUUUCACCUAUGAGGCAGAACUGUUGUCGGCCUGGCGUACAGCUGGCAUCAAAGUUCCUAUUACCUUUAACGAUGCCUCGCCGGAAGGUCAUUAUUUGACUGUAAAUAUCUGGGGUUACGAUUCCUAUCCCAACGGCUUCGAUUGCUCGAGCCCUUAUACAUGGGCUUCGAAUGCUGUACCGACUUACUUCUGGAGUGCUCACGAGGAAUACGCUCCAGAAGAGCCGAAUGCAGUUUACGAAUACCAGGGUGGCGCCUUUGAUGGAUGGGGCGGUUCUGGAUAUGAUACUUGCGCUAUUUUAACCGGACCUGACUUUGAACGAGGUUCUAACCUUCAUGUGGAGGGUUCUGCGAUCGCUGAAGAUAGAACUCUGCGCGAGAAAUAUUACGAAUUGAAACUUCAAGCAAACUUCCUCCGUGUCAGCCCAGCAUACCUGACGACACGCCCAAUGAAUUCGUACAGCAACCAAGGUGCAUUUACUGGCAAUCAGGCUCUCCUGACCACGCAGGUGCUUGAUGUGGUCGGGAACCAAACUGGAUUCUAUGUCAUCAGGCAAGCGAACGCGUCUUCCAAUGCAAUGGAAAUGUAUACUUUGACGCUACCGACGAGUGUCGGAAAUCUUACCGUUCCGGUACUUGGAGGCCAACUCACGCUAGACGGGAAAGACUCGAAAGUUCACGUCGUAGACUACGCUGCUGGUGCAAAUACAUUGCUGUAUUCGACAGCAGAGAUCACGACUUGGGCGACCAUCGAUGGCCGAGAUAUCAUCGUGGUUUAUGGCAACGCGGGCGAGCUACAUGAGACCGCUUUCAAAUUCGAUGGAACUGUUCCAGCCGCGACUGUCGUUUCGGGUUCUGAGCAGCUCAAGUCCGAGACGAUCAAUUCCACCAACCUGGUUAUCCAGUACACGACUACUGGUCAGACUGUCGUCGAAGUUGGCUCGGAUGUCCUUUUGUACAUCCUGGAUCGAGCCAACGCAUACGAGUUCUGGGUUCUCUAUCCGCCUACCACAGGUGCCUAUGCUAAUUACAGCACUGCAGACCCGAUUCUUGUCAAAGGCGGCUAUUUCAUUCGAUCUGUUGAUGUGUCUGGCAGCACGCUCGCCCUUUUGGGUGACUUGAAUAGCACUGCAUCAUUCGAGAUCAUUGCUCCGGCAGCAUCUUCGGCUCAGGUCACUUUCAAUGGGGAGCCACUGACACUCGAAAAGACCUCCUAUGGGACCCUGACAGCAGAAAAGACUGUAUCACUUCCCCAAGUGAACAUCCCAACCUUGGAGAGCCUUACAUGGAAAACAGCAGAUAGCUUACCUGAAAUUACGCCUACUUAUGACGAUUCUUCUUGGACCACGGCAAACCACACAACGACAGUCAAUCCUACUCAACCUAGCACUCCAGUUGUCCUUUAUGCUGGUGACUAUGGGUACCAUACCGGCAAUAUCCUCUGGCGCGCACAUUUCACUUCAUUGGGCGCCGAGACAGGCUUUACCCUCAAUGUUCAAGGUGGCUCCGCGUUUGGAUACUCCGUCUGGCUAGAUUCGUCGUUUAUAGGGUCGUGGGUUGGCGAUGCCGUGUACGAGAGCUAUCAGAGUUCUUUCUCCUUCCCUGGAACUCUCAGCAAGGGGUCCGCCCAUGUAUUGACGAUCUUACAAGAUCACAUGGGAUACGAAGAGGACUGGACGGCCGCUUCUGAUGACUUCAAGGCACCUAGAGGAUUGUUGAGUUACUCAUUUGAGGGAAGUAACGCUACGACCGUUGAUCUUUGGAAGGUGAUUGGUAACUUGGGCGGAGAAGAUUACGUGGACACUACCCGAGGUCCAUUGAACGAGGGUGGUCUUUACGGCGAGCGGCAAGGAUGGCACCUUCCUGAUUUUGAUGAUUCUUACUGGGCUGAUGGUCUGCCUACAAACGGCAUAUCUAGUGCUGGCGUAAGCUUCUAUAGGACAACUUUCGAGCUGGACAUACCUUCAGGUGUGGACUACCCAAUGGCAAUCGUCACUACCAACAUGACAACCAACCCUUACUUCCGUUCUCAGUUCUACGUCAACGGAUAUCAAUUUGGUAAAUACGUCAACAGCGUCGGUCCACAACAGGCCUUUCCCGUCCCACAAGGCAUUUUGAACUACAACGGCCUGAAUACGCUCGCCGUCUCACUCUGGGCUCACGAAAAUGAGGGUGCAAAACUUAGCUCAAUCGCGCUCGAGGUGUUGGCCCAGGUUGAGAGCAGCAUGGCUGCCGUCGUGAACCAACCAAUGCCGCCGUGGACGCCACGCCCAGGGGCUUCAUAAUUGAGAGCGUAGGAAAUCUGUCGGACUAAUUCUCCAUGAUUGGACAUGUCGCGAUGAUAUUUUUAUCUGUCUUGUGGACAUACACUGUAUUGCGAAGUGCAUUCUCACUGUAUCCCACUUGUUUAGGUUUUAUAUAUUUCGUACCUUGGGCUCUUGCGUGUUGGCUGGUGCCCAUUGGUCUGGAAGUGCUGCGA